UUGAAGAGGAGAAGGCGGAGAGCGCGGUGGAGAGCUUGUCGACGCGAUCAACGGCGUCGAGAAGGGAGACGAACCAUUUGUCGCUCUUGUUUUCGAAUUCGCAUUUGGUCAGAUCGAGUUCCACGGUGGACAGUAAUUUGUCGAUGGAGGAUUGAGGAAUGUCGGGGGGAUGCUGGUCGUUGUUAUUAUGAUCAUGGUCGUUUUGUUUGAGGCUGAGGAGGAUGGCGAGGAAGCAGUCGACGUCGUCGGAGAUCCUUGCAUUCUCUACGUCCUCCUCCGCCGUCGAAGUUGCCUUUUCCUUAUCCUCUUUGCUUUCCCCUCCUCCUUGUUUGUCGCUGGAUUUUUUAGCAUCUCCGGACUCAUUGUUCGCACCUGCAGAUCCAUGGUUUGAUGUCAUGUUUUGUGCAAGUUUCGAAACGGAGAAAUGAAGAGAUUUUGAUUCGGAUAAAAACGAAAGAGGGGGAGAAUUUUAGGAUUCGGUGAUGAGAGGAAAUGGGGGAUUGAAACGGUCGUUGAUCCCAAAAAUAUCAAAAUUGGGAAGGAGCAGAGAGUUUGGGCUUGGUACCCACAUCGUUAUUUUCGGUUAGUUUGCGCGGUUGACGUUACCCGUCUCUAUUGACGAAAACGCCCUUCGCAAUCCAGUAAUUGACGGGGAGCGCCUUCAUACCUUCACGUAUUCAAACCCUGCGUAUUUCCCUUGUUGUGUCCGACUAGGAACAGACAUGGGUUGUUUGUGUGGUAUGAAUCCUCUCCUCAUGGUGAUUCCAAGAAGAAAUCCCAACAAUUCUCUUCUCCUGCUCUCCUCUUACACAGACCGUGACAUUUCUUUUGCAAGCUGCCGAUCGAAGCGAGCGUCGUUCGCAGCCUCCUCCUCUUCAGUUUCCAUGGCUGAAGCUCCACCUGCUUCUUGCAGUCCCACUCUCAGGGAUAUUUGUAGAGGAAAAGUUCCAGAGCACAUAAUAAAGAGAGCUGAAGAAAUUGGAUAUGUUGUGCCUACUGAUGUUCAACAACAAUCUCUGCCGGUUUUACUAUCAGGGCGGGAUUGCGUACUUCAUGCACAGACAGGUUCAGGCAAAACGUUGGCAUACUUAUUGUCAGUAUUUUCGGCGACUAACAUUCAGAGGUCUGCUGUUCAAGCACUGAUAGUAGUACCAAAUAGGGAACUUGGGAUGCAAGUUACAAAAGUUGCUAGGAUGCUUUCAGCAAAGCCAGUGGGCUUCGAGUUUACGCAAAAAACAUGUACUGUGAUGGCUCUGUUAGAUGGUGGAAUGUUAAAGCGGCAUAAGAGCUGGCUAAAGGCUGAGCCUCCUGAAAUAGUGGUUGCUACUAUUGCAAGCUUGACUCAGAUGAUUGAGAAGAAUGUGUUUAAGCUUGAUACAUUGCGUGUUCUGGUAAUUGAUGAGGUUGAUUUUAUCUUUAGCUCAUCGAAACAAGUAUACUCUCUUAGAAAGCUGUUGACAUCAUACUCGACUAUCCAUACACGUCAGACCGUUUUUGCUAGUGCAUCUAUUCCCCAACACAACCGAUUUCUUUACGACUGCGUGCAACAGAAAUGGACCAAGAAUGAUGUGGUCCACAUUCAUGUGAAUCCCAUUGAGCCAAUGCCUUCACGCUUGAGUCACAAUUUUGUGGUUUGCAAUAAGAAAGAAAGAUUGCAUAUCUUGCUGUCCUUGCUUCAAAGAGAUGCACCAAAAUCAGGGAUAAUUUUUGUUGGAGUACAGUCAGAGAAGUCUAAAAAGGCUGGGAAGCCUCCUUCAACAACCCUUGUCAUUGAAUAUCUGAGAGAAUCCUAUAAUGGCGGCCUGGAGGCCCUCCUGCUUGAAGAAAACAUGAAUUUUAACGCACGAGCAACAUCACUAUCGGACGUGAGACAAGGAGGCUGCCUAUUAGUGGCGACAGACUUGGCAGGCAGAGGUUUCGACCUGCCAGAGACAACACAUGUAUAUAAUUUUGAUCUCCCGAGGACAGCAGUCGACUAUCUUCAUCGUGCAGGGAGGACAGGACGGAUGCCUUUCUCCAACGACAGGUGCAGCGUCACAAGUCUCAUCACCCCCGAGGAGCGUUUUGUGUUGCAGAGGUUUGAGAAUGAGCUUAUGUUUGAAUGUGAGGAGCUGUUAUUAGAUUCUUUUGCUCUAUGACAAUCUGUUGUUAUCUUCUUGGAUGUGCCUGAAAUAGCUAAAUGAAAGAAUAGAAGCGAGUUAUGAGUGGUUGAUGAUCUCUGUAAUGUGCUUGUCUACUAUCUAUUUUGGUCGCUGGCAAGAGAAAUUGUUGGGAUUGAAACUAUAAUGAAGAAUGCAGUUGGAUUUGUAUUUCUUGA